AUGUCCACUGCUGAGAAGAAGAGACUUCGGCUAGCCGCCUUCAUCUACUCCGGAGCUCAAACACAAAUAUGGCGGCACCCGGACAUGCACGCGCAUGAGAGCCUCGAUGUCGAAUACUACAUCUCUUACGCACAGCUUGCAGAAAGCGCCAAGUUUGAUACUUUGUUCCUUGCCGAUGGUGCAUCUUUCCCGACCGGAGAUCUCGCGAAGCAUCUAUGGAGUGUAAGCGGCUUUGAGCCUGCCACUUUGUUCUCCGCAAUCGCAGCAAGAACGAAGCACAUUGGUCUUGUCUAUACAGCGAGCGUCAGCGACAAUGAGCCGACUCACGUCGCAAGACAGCUCGCUAGCCUUGAUCAUAUAAGUCACGGAAGAGCAGGAUGGAACGUCGUCACUACUCCAGGACCGGGUUCUGCAAAUCUGGGCGUUCCUGUCGAAGAAACGAAAGACAGUGCUGCAAAGUACAACCGCGCAAGAUCAUUCUUGACUGCUGUCCAAACGCUCUGGGACAGCUUCGAAGAUGACGCCCUCAUCAGAAAUAAAGAGACGGGCAUCUACGUCGAUCUGAACAAGGUUCAUUGGCCUAAUAUUGACGAUGGACUGUAUAGAAUCAACCAGCCCUUGAAGGUUGAGCGUCCGAUUCAGGGUCACCCGGUUAUCGCGCAAGCUGGAACAUCUGCUGAAGGAAUAGCUUUCGGUGGCUCCACAGCCGACUUGAUUUACUGCGCCAACUAUUCCAUCUCUGAUGGGCAGAAGACAUAUCGCGCGCUGAAGGAUGCAGCCAAAGCCGCUGGACGAAACCCAAAUCACCUCGUCAUUCUUACUGGCGUGGCCGUCAUUUGGGGAGCAACACAAGAUGAGGCGGAGAAGAAGUUGCAAGAAGUGACUUCGCUAUGGCCUAUCGAAGUCGCCGUCAAAAAUCUCGGAAUCGACUUUGGAGAUAUCGAUACUGACUCGCCUUUCCCAGAGUCGUGGCCAACAAUCUCACGAUACGACAGACAGCGGAGCGAUGUUCCAUUGGACUAG